UAAUGCAAAUAUAUCCUCGACCUAUGCCAUUCUCUGUCAUAUGGUUGAUUAGUCGGCACUCCAGAAUAUACUACUCUGCUGGAAGCUAACUAAAGGAGGUUGCAGCAGCACUACUUGCGCCAGCACCAUGUCGACCACCACCACCGACGGCCUUCCUCUUCACACCCACAAACACUCUCUUCGCACUCCCAUCAACCGCCUCUUCGUUCUAAUUUACUGCUGCGCCAUCCUAGCCUUGCUCUAUCACCACACACUCUCCCUCCUCCACUCCGCAACCAUGACCUCCUUCUUCAUCACCCUCACCCUCCUCAUCUCCGACUCCAUCCUCGCUUUCUUGAACAUCACCACGCAAGCUUUCCGAAUGAAGCCCAUCUACCGCAAAGAAUACCCCGAAAACCUCAAAAGAAUUCUUCGAAAAGCCGACUUCCCGGCACUUGAUGUGUUCAUAUGCACUGCUGAUCCCUACAAGGAGCCUCCGAUGAACGUCGUCAACACGGCGUUGUCGGUGAUGGGUUAUGAUUAUCCGACGGAGAAGGUGUCAGUGUAUGUUUCCGACGACGGAGGAUCGGCUCUAACUCUGUUUGCGUUCAUGGAGGCUGCAAAGUUUGCAAGGCACUGGUUACCUUUCUGCAGGGAGAACAACAUAGUGGAAAGGUGUCCCGAAGCUUUUUUCCAAAUGGAUUACUCUAGGUCUUCUGAGGCUGAGGAAAUUAAGAUUAUGUACCAAGGCAUGAAAGUGAGAGUGGACAAUGUAAUCGAGAGAGGCAAAGUAGACAGUGAAUACGUAACCGGAGAAUGGGAAACUCAGGCUUUUAGCAAAUGGAUCGAUGGAUUUACCCAGCGAGAUCAUCCUACAGUCAUUCAGGUUUUGGCGGACAGUAGCAAAGACAGAGAUAUCACAGAUAAUGUUAUGCCAAACUUAAUCUAUGUCUCCAGAGAAAAAAGCAGGAAAUCAGAACAUAACUUUAAAGCUGGUGCCCUUAAUGUCCUUAUUCGAGUUUCAGCUGUCAUGACCAAUGCGCCAAUAGUCUUAACCCAAGACUGUGACAUGUACUCCAAUGACCCACAAACGCCUUCUCGUGCGCUAUGCUAUUUAUCGGAUCCCAAACUUGGAUCCAAAUUAGGAUAUGUGCAGUUUCCGCAGCGAUUUCGCGGAAUCAACAAGAAUGACAUAUAUGGAUGUGAACACAAGAGUUUGUUUGUGAUUAAUCCUGAGGGAAUGGAUGGGUUUUCGGGGCCAAGUUAUGUGGGAACAGGAUGCUUUUUCAAUAGGCGAGUUUUCUUCGGAGGUCCGUCGCAGUUGUUAUCACCUGAAAUUCCUGAAUUAGCACCAGAUAAUGUGGUGGACAAGCCCAUUCGGUCUACUGAGGUCUUGGAGUUGGCACAUUCUGUUGCGGCUUGCAAUUAUGAGAAUAAUACCGAUUGGGGAUGGAAGAUUGGUGUAAGAUACGGCUCUCUGGUGGAGGACUACUUCACUGGUUAUCGUUUGCAAUGUGAAGGAUGGAAAUCUGUAUUCUGCAAUCCAGCUAGGGCAGCAUUUUAUGGAGAUGCCCCAAUCAACCUUGUUGAUGUGCUCAGUCAAACCAAGCGAUGGACCAUAGGCCUCCUUGAGGUUGCUUUCUCUAAAUAUAGUCCAAUUACGUUUGGCAUUCGGUCCAUGGGCCUUUUGAUGGGCCUUUCAUAUGCUCACUAUGCAUUUUGGCCCAUUUGGUCAAUUCCAAUCACGGUUUAUGCCUUCCUCCCCCAGCUAGCUCUCCUCAAUGGAAUCAACAUCUUUCCCAAGGUCUCGGAGCCAUGGUUUCUGUUGUACGUCUUCCUUUUCAUUGGAUCCUAUAUCCAAAACUGCCUAGACUUUGUGGUAGAAGGAGGAACAUUCCCAAAGUGGUGGAAUGACCAAAGAAUGUGGAUGAUUAGGGCACUCUCAUCCUUCUUGUUUGGAUCCAUAGAGUACCUUCUCAUGUCCUUGGGCAUUUCUACCCAUGGGUUCAAUGUGACUAGCAAAGUCCUUGAUGAAGACCAAAGCAAAAGAUAUGACCAAGGGAUUUUUGAGUUUGGAGUCGCAUCACCCAUGUUUGUGCCUCUAACAUCGGCUGCCAUUGUCAACUUGGCUGCAUUUGCUUGGGGACAUGUAGAGGCUUUCAAAGGCAGCAAUGACUUGGAGGGGAUGUUCUUACAGAUGUUUAUAGCUGGUUUUGGCGUUGUGAAUUGUAUACCAAUUUAUGAAGCCAUCAUCAGUAGGAGUGACAAAGGGAGAAUUCCUACAAAAACGAUUAUGGUUUCAUUACUCUUAGCUUUUUCUCUUUAUGUAGUGGCUUAUGUUGCUCUUUAAGUAGCUGACUUGCUAUGAAGUUCAUGUUAGUUAUCCUUAUAAAUUAGUUUCAUUAUAAUUAAAA